AUGAAUGCAAGCGGUGAAAGCGCCCUGAAAAUUAUGUGCGCAUUCAGAAGAUCGGCGAAAUUACGUACAGAGUCGUCUACAAGGCCUCGAACAAGAGGAACGACAAACGAGGAGGAAGGGACACUGGGAACGACGGCCCGAGAGGUCGCGCUGCUCAAGGAACUAAGUCAUCCGAACAUCGUGAUUUUGAACGAGAUCGUGCUGAAAACGAACUGUAUGUAUCUGUCAUUCGAGUAG